ACGACGGAGACGCCAUGGAGAGUCGGCGGCGUCCGGUGGGCUCGAAUUCAAGUAUGGACCCAGAGCCAUCAAGAGUUCCUCAUAUGAUAACCAUUUAAUUCCUGGAAUCAUCCUUGUGAACCUCCUCUGGACUCUCUCCAAUGCCAGCACAUCUUUUCUAAGAUGAGCGGCCCUGAACUGUUCACAAUACUCAAGGCAAAGAAAGCUCUUUCCAGUAGACCUGGCUCCCUUCCAUCAGCUUCAGGAAAGAAAGCUCCUCCAGAUUUACUUGCUAAAGAAGAAGAGUACAAGAAAUUAAAUGCAGAGCUGGAAGCAAAAACAGCUGAACUGGUUCGGCAAGCUGAAGAAGUUAUGAAGGGACAAGAGGAAAUACUGUCUCAAUCAAGACCACAGUAUGAAACAACGGGACCACUGGACAAAGCAAAUCUGAGGGAAUUAUUUUCUUCUGAUGGAUCAAUUAUUGAAAAUGAAGUAACAAAGAACAAAAGUAAAAUUGGAUUGAGGAACAUAGAGCAAAGCAGAUCAUGUUCUGCAAAUAAAGGGAAGAAAAUUACAAGUGCUAAACAUAAAACUGUUGAAUUGCAUAUGGCUGACGAUGUUGCGGUUUUAGAGGACUUUUCCAAUUUCUCCCUUGCAAAGACAAUUAGCAAAAUUGAAGGUCAGCUGGAAGAUGGAGCUCCCGCUGAUACAGAAAAUGUGAUGCCCAGCACUGGCAAUGAAAUGAGCACAGAGGCUCAGAUACGAUUCCUGAAAGCAAAACUAAGAGUGAUGCAGGAGGAAUUGGAUAGACUAGCUCAUGAAUACAACAAGAAGGAUGAUGAAAAUAACACCUUGUCUAGUCGUGUCAGGGAGGCAGAAGAAGAACGCAACAGAUUACAGAAGACAACAAACAUCCAGCAGUCUCAGAUUGAGAAAUAUAAAAGUUUGGCGGAUGAGGCACAAAGAAAAAGUGAUGGUUUACAACAACAAGUGUUUUUUUUGCAAAAGGAAUUAGACAGCCAGAAAAGAGCCCAGAAGCAAUUUGCUACAAACCAUAGUGCCACAGAGGUUCGCCUGAACAGGGCAUUAGAAGAGGCUGAAAAAUACAAAGCAGAACUUAAUAAACUGAAGCAGAGUAAUAAGGACAUAACUAACCAAGAAAAACUAACGAUUGAUCAGCUGAAGACUGAAAACAAGAAGUUGGAGAAGCAGAAAACUGAGCUUAUGACUGGCUUUAAGAAACAAAUGAAGCUGAUAGACAUUCUAAAAAGGCAAAAGAUGCACAUGGAAGCUGCUAAGAUGCUGUCCUUCACAGAGGAAGAAUUUAUUAAAGCUUUGGAAUGGGGAAACUGAUUGGAAGGAAAGACAACAGAGUAAUAGGCUAAUAUGAUUGAACUCUUGAAACCAUUUGUGAUGUAUCACCAGGAGGACAUACAGGGCACUCACUACCUAUUUGUAAUGUCAACAGUUUUUGGAUCAAAUGCACAUGUGGAACCAGCUAUUCUAAGGUCUAAUACCUAAAAUAUGGAAGAGGACUUAGAUCAUUUGAAAAAGAAAAUAAAGCCCAUGUGGGCAUGCAGUCAAUGACUAUGCUGCCUGUUCCUUGAUUUUCCAUUAUAGAUUCUCCACAGAUCAACUAUGAAUGUAUUCCCCAUCAU